AUGAGAUAAUGCAUAUUGCCAGAUUAUAUGAUUUUCUUGACCACUGCUACCAAAACAAUGCUGCCCAAAAAAAAUUUUCAUGACACCACUGCAUUACACUUCAGGAUAAAACAUUUCCAUAUUACCCGACUCGAGGAAUGACCCAGCCAUGAGGACCAAUCUGUCCCACCCACCCAACUCCAGCCACGUGCCGCAGGAGGAUGAUCCCGACUCGGUGCGACCAACCAUAACGGGGCCGGGCCUUCCCGUCGGCGGCGGUCAUAGGAAGAAGGGCACUGGAGUCCGACCAUGGCUUCUGCUUGACUCCAUCGGCCAAGCCCAGGUUGUGGAGGCCGGUAAGCAUGCCAUCAUGCGCCGAACGGGUCUGCCCGCGCGGGACCUCCGGAUCCUGGAUCCGUUGCUGUCAUACCCGUCGACGGUGUUGGGUCGUGAGAAGGCGAUCGUGAUAAACCUGGAGCAUAUAAAAGCCAUCAUCACCGCUCAGGAGGUUCUGCUUCUCAAUUCCAGAGACCCUUCUGUCACCCCCUUUGUUGAGGAGCUUCAACGCAGGCUCACGCGCCACCACCAGGCUUCGAAAGCUCAGGAGGGCAAUGGUGAUAAUACAAACUGGUCGACUUUGUAUGAUAUGGAAGAGCCACAAUCAAGAUCUUUUAGCCCUGAAACUUCCGCAGGAGGAUUUCCACAGGAUCAGAAUGAGGAUGACAAGGGAGAAGGAAAAGAAGGUCUCCAGAAUCAAGAUGGGUUGAAGAUUCUACCAUUUGAGUUUGUUGCGUUGGAGGCCUGCCUUGAGGCAGCUUGCAGUUGCUUAGAGAAUGAGGCGAGGACAUUGGAGCUUGAGGCUCAUCCUGCCUUGGAUAAGCUGACUUCAAAGAUUAGUACCCUCAAUUUGGAACGUGUACGCCAAAUCAAGAGCCGCUUGGUUGCAAUAACCGGACGUGUUCAAAAGGUGAGGGAUGAACUAGAACAUUUGCUAGAUGAUGAUGAAGAUAUGGCUGAGAUGUAUUUAACUGAGAAGUUGGUUCAGCAACAGCUUGACAAUUCUUCCACUUCUUCUAUGAAUGAGAGAGAUGACAUGGAUGAUGAAGUUCUUCGAUCAGACAUGGAUGACAGGAUUCCUAGUGAAUCAUUUGAAACCGGUGGUGAUUACAUGAACUAUGAAAAUAAUAUUCAGAACACUGAUAACCCCCGGGAUCAAUUGUUUGGAGCAUCUAAUGCCCUUAGUAGGGACAGCCGAGGGACCCAUACUAGUACCACUCGCAGUGCUAUGAGCAAGCAGCUUGAUGUGGAGGAGCUUGAAAUGCUUUUGGAGGCAUACUUUGUGCAAAUUGAUGGUACAUUAAACAAACUAUCCACGCUGAGGGAGUACGUGGAUGACACAGAGGAUUACAUCAACAUAAUGUUGGAUGACAAACAGAACCAUCUCCUGCAAAUGGGGGUCAUGUUGACAACGGCAACCCUGGUGGUGAGUGCCUUUGUCGUCGUGGCUGGUAUCUUUGGCAUGAACAUUUCGAUCGAGCUUUUUGAUGAGCAGAUAGCGGGGAUGCCAGAGUUCUUAUGGACUGUAGGUGGUGGCACUGCCGGAACAAUAUUCUUAUAUGUCGUUGCCAUUGCCUGGUGCAAACACAAACGCUUACUUGAGUAGUGAAGGGCCAUUUGUAACUAAGAGACAUAAGUUUAUGUUGUGUAUUUGUGCAAGACUUGCUUUUUAUGGAUGAAGAAGCGACUUUAUAUACAUCUCAUUUUAUUAUUA